AUCUGCGGCUGCCUUUAAGUGGCCGGAAGUCUGAAGCGGGUGUCUCUCUUUGUGUAGUGAUUUUUUAUUCAGUGUGAAGCAGCCACGCUCUAACCACGCUCCGGUGCGUGCGUAUGGUGUGAUCAUGCCGAUGAGUCUGCAUACGGGAGAAGAUCAAUUGAUCGAGUGCGCGCGUAGAAAGGCCAUGCUCAAUUAGACGUUUUCAGCUUGCAAUCACGAGAAAACAUACGAGAACGUGGAAGUAUAGAACGGUGAACUCGGUGACACAAUCUCACUUACCUCAAGGAUGUCGAUACUGGAUAGCAGCUGGUCGGACUUUGAUUCCGCCUCAAUGUACUCGAAUGAAUGUAGUUUCGAUAUCAGCGGUACACCGGGCACAACAGGCAAUUCAACCACAGCGACGGUAGCAACAGCGGCUCGUCUACGACCGAAAAGUAACACAUCUUCCGAGCGUACCGAUUCGUACCGCUUCUCAAUGGCGAACCUGGAGGAAACGCAAGAGGCGGAGCUGGAUGCCAUAUUGGGCGAACUGAGCAUACUGGAAGAGCGUGGUGAUCUGCGCCAUGGUCGUAGUCACAGCCGUACCAACUCCACAAUAUCCGCGGCUACCAACACGACGCUCUCGUCGGAAAGUGGCUGCAGCAGUGUGGCAGCCGAUACAGUCUGCAGUGGUGGUAGCAUUGCAAGCGGCAUGGGUGUCGGAGGGGUCGGUGGAGCAAGCAUCAGUUUACACCGGGAACCACGCACCGACAGUCCGGACAAUGAUUCCGCCUUCAGCGAUACGGUGUCGCUGAUGUCGAGCGAAUCGUCCGCUUCUAGCAGUGUAAGCAGCUCCCAUCUGAAGCACCUGCAGGCGGCAGCUGGAGGAAUAGUGGCGCAUAGUGCUGCGGCGGGACCAACAGCCAACCAGCAAAAUUUGUCAGAUGGUGGCAAACAGGCUAAAAUUCACCUCGCACUACAAAAGCUAGAACAGGCGUCGGUACGGCGACUGUUUGUGAAGGCGUUUACGGCCGACGGUGCCUCCAAGUCACUGCUGGUCGACGAAACGAUGAGCUGCGGGCACGUAACGCGGCUGUUGGCAGACAAAAACCACGUCCAGAUGGAGCUUACUUGGGCCAUCGUAGAGCAUCUGCCUGAGCUGCAGAUGGAGCGACUGUUCGAGGACCACGAAAUGCUGGUAGACAACUUGAUGCUGUGGAAUCGGGACUCGAAGAAUCGGGUGCUGUUUCUGCAGCGACCGGAUAAGGUAGCAUUGUUUAAGACACCCGAAGCUUUCCUGCCCGGUACACAGAUGGCUCCCGGAAGUGAACACGACGAGCAUACGAGGACAAUGUUGCUGGAUGAGUUCUUCAACAGCGGGAGCCAAAUCACGCUGGAAGGGCCCCUAUAUAUGAAGAACGAUGCCAAAAAGGGCUGGAAGAAAUAUCACUUUGUGUUGCGGGCAUCCGGGUUGCAUUACUAUCCGAAGGAAAAGACACGUUCCGCAAAGGAUCUGCUCUGUCUGGCACUGUUUGCCGGGCACGAAGUGUACCGUGGACUUGGGUGGAAGAAGAAACACAAAGCCCCGACAGACUAUACGUUCGCGUUGCGCUGCCCGAAAGUACCGCCCGGUGUGAAAGGCAUACGGUCGGUCAAGAUGCUGUGUGCUGAAGAUGCGUCCACGCAAGAAAACUGGAUAACUGCCAUACGCGUUAUGAAGUAUGGCAAGAAGCUUCUAGACAAUCACCGAACGCUGUUGGAUGAUCUGGCUCGGGAAGAGCUAGACAAACUCAGCUCUGCUCGGAGCAGCUCCAUUGGGAGCAUUGUAUCGUCCGUUCCUUCACAGUGCAGCACGGGAAGCAGCAACAGUAGCGGAAGUGGUAGCAAUCAUCUCCUUGUUCCUCUCAACACAACCAAUGGCAGCAAUGGUAAUGGGUGCGCGUCCAACGGAAAUGGACGUCUCUCGAGGGCGUCAUCGUCAAGCUCGAGCGGAUGUCUGUCGGACGAGAACAACGGGUUCGAUUCCGAGUUCCCAACGGGCACCAUUAAGCGCAAACCCUCGAUGAAACCAAAUCUUCCACUCACCUCGAUGACACGCCAGCUGAAGGAGGUCGGUGAGACAACGCGACUGAAAGAUUCACCCGGUGCCGGAUCUACGGGGUCGGGUUCGAUAGGUGAUGGUGGUACUCUGACGCGACGUCACAGUCGACGAAGGAGUGAAGAAAGUACCGGCAGCGGUACUCUUAAACGACGCCCGAUUCCAACGCAAAAUCGUGGAUCGAUCGAAAGCAUGAGUUCCUCCGCCUCAACGCCAACGCCCGUGGGUAGUGUGUUGAACACGCCGGUCAAUUUUGAACCACCGGUUACAAUCCUGAGCCCAUCCGCUCAUCCAACUAUUAUAACACCGAACGGCGUUGGCCCCGGAACGAUCGUUGAACCGAUACCGUCCUGCAUGACUGAUUCGACAUUUUCGCUUCCGCCACCACCGCCUCCACCCGCUUCAGACGAUCCGGCAAUAAUGGGAGCGAACUUCUCCGGUUCUACGCUCUCGCUUGAUUCGCUACCGCCUCCGCCACCGCCGAACGAACUUGACAACUCAUUCAGUGGAUCUCAACUGUCGCUGGCUUCUGUGCAAUUACCUCCACCGCCACCACCGUCGGUAUCGGCAGGUUCUUCCAUGUCAACCGUGCAGUCUUCCUCCGUGCUUCCUGCAGUGAGCACAACAAACAACACCAAUGGUGUUGGUACCGUACGCCAGCAGGAACCGCGUUCAAUCAAUGCGACACCGUCAGUGGCGCAGUCCAUCAUGAAGCUGAACAGCCACAGUCACACGUUACCGAACCCAACACCUGCCGCCAUCUUGAAAAAGGAACCAAUCUACUCCAAAACUCUGAAGCCAUCAGCACUGAAAGCUCCUCCAUACAAGGCACCGCCACCAUACAACGGUUGUGAUGGUUCCGCUUCCGAUGUACCGGCGGCUCCAGCGAAGAGUGUGUCCUUCGCCGAGUCCCCCGUGUUGUUGCGACGCAAGGUGUGCUUUGAGGAUGAAGUUUCAGAAGUACCACCCUCGCCGAGACGUCUCUGUGCCACAUACAGCGUUGGUCCUCCGGCUCCACCACCCAGAGCGGAAGCGACACGCCUUUCCACAACAUACACUUCGCCGAAACGAUUAAGCGAAUCGAGCGCCAAUCCUCCUCACGAUUUUCUCAAAGAUCUCCAGCGUGUGAUGAACAAAAAGUGGCAGGUAGCGCAAAAAUGUAAGCUAGAACCAGCGACCACUCCACACGAAGUGCUCGGCUUCCGUGACAUUCACGGUGGUAACGAUCUGUACUCGUCGGCUACACCCUACUACCGUGAGACGGCCAACGUAAGCAACUGGGUGCAGGAACACUACGGUGGUGCUCCGGACGGUUUAUACGAGAAUCUUGGCAGCAACAUGGGCAUGGAACCGAACUAUCCCAUCGUUCCGAACGUAGCGAACGUUCCGCUGCUCCAGCAACUUCCGACCGGUAGCCCUUUGCCUUCUGGAGGUAGCGUGAAGAAGCGCCCACCUCCACCUCCACCAAAGCGCAGCGAGAAGACACAACUGACCACUACGUCUACAUCUGCUGUUGGCCACACGGGUCCCACAGUAUCACAACCCGGCCCGUCUCCUCAUCUCCAUCAUCACCAUCAUCAUCAACAGCUGCUGAAUCAUCAAUAUCUACAGCAGCAGCAACAACAGCAACCACAUCAACCACCACCAACCCAUCAGCAGCGGGUCUGAACCCUACUGUGCCUGUAUUGGCCACAAUGCAGGAAAGAAAGUGCUACCAAAACCGAUACGUACUAGCGACGUGGUACGUGGUAGGCAUGACGCCUAAAUACUGUGGCGAACGAUAUCCCGGUUCUUUACAGGUUUAUCCUUUAUAGUUUAUUCCACUCUUUUUAAGCGCUUUUGUUCUAUCUACAAAACCGCUGCGUCCGCUGCGUCGAUUGGGGAUUGGGGGAUCCAAAAGGAUGCUACUUGGCGGUGACGCCUUCUACUAAGCGUCUUGGUUCGAUCGAUCCCGGUUGAUGAUGCCCAAAUCAGCGCCCUCUUGUGGGGGCCUGAGGAAUUCUUAUCCUAACUAUACCGUUCCUACCACGAUCGCGUCGUUACAAAGUGACUGGCCUAAAUGGGAUGGAUGGGCGAUGUAGCGAAAAGAACACUUACGCAUAUUGCACAUAUACACGCGAACUAUGCGAACCGAAAGUCUGCUUAGAAAAAGAAUGGAAUGUUCUUCCUAGUUACUAACUGUUACGCCAAUAAGGUUAGGAAUGAUCUUGAAGCUUGUAGGCGAAAUCGAGUAAUUUAGUAGAUGCGCAAUCGAUCAAUCAUUAUUGUGAUUAGGUAGCAAAGCAAAUGGAUACCGCUAACACUAACGCAGCGACGAAGCGAAACACAAGUGCGUUGUUUAAGUAUAAUUUAUUUAAACUCUUUAUUCAACUCAA